AUGACCGAUCCAAACUUCAAACCCAUGCAUGUGACAGUCACGCGAGCGCAUUGCCACGGCAAUGGCAGCCUCGGUCGUUUCUGGAUCCUCCCUGGAUCACGUGACCGCGCCAAGCAGAUCGCGGAGACUUUCCUUCAGGACUGCGAAGUGAUCUUCUCUCCUCGCGGUCAUGAUGGUUACAUAGGCAAGUACGAUGCCCCUGAUGGAACUGUUGUUGAUAUCGGUGUCAUCUCUACCGGUAUGGGCGCUCCGAGUGUUGAUAUUAUCGCUACAGAGAUGAUCAAGUUGGGUGCAAAGGUCCUUGUUAGAGUCGGUACCGCUGGUGCUAUGCAGAAGACCCUUGGCAUCGGUGAUAUCGUUAUCGCGACUGGUGCUGUUCGUGACGAGGGUACCACCCGACACUAUAUGCCUCUCGAGUACCCUGCUCUCGGAUCGGCUACAGUAGUCACCGCGAUGUGCGCAGCUGCACAGCGCCAACUUGAAACAGAGGAUGAUGAGCUCCAGGAAGGUGCUCAGUGGGUGUAUGAUGCUGGACCGGUCCACACUAAGGAUUCUCUUAUGGCUAGAGAGUUCAAGUUCGGUCCCUAUGCUCCUGAACACAAACGUUAUAUGGAGGUGCUGGAGGAUCUCGGAUGUUUGGCCUCCGAGAUGGAAGUUGCCAUGCUAUUCAGUCUGGCUCAAGUCUAUGGUGUUAAGGCGGGAUGUGUGCUUGCCAUAAUUGGUGGAGGUGACGAUGCUCCCAUCUCUGAUCAGGCUCAUCUCAAGGCCGAGGCUGUGAAUCGGUCAUGCAGCAUUGUAUGUCAGGGCAUGGCCCAUCUGAAGAAAAGUCUGAUGCGCUACGGAAGGAGGGCUUCUCUUCUCGGACGUUCACUUUCGCAAGUCAUCAGAUAAAUAUUAACUGAGAAUGAACAUGU